GUCCUGGGGGCGGGGCUUAAUAUUGAUUGACAGCCAUUGUGGGUGCGGUGGUGAGGCGGGGCUUUAUAAUGAUUGACAGCGGUUGUGAGGGGAUGGAAGCAGGGGCGGGGCUUGCGGUGGGAGGAGCCAAUGUGGGAGAGGGCGGGGCAUGGUAUGAUUGACAGCGAGAGAGUGGGGGCAGGGCAGGAUGUGGGGCGUGGCUUGCAGAUGAUUGACAUUGGCGGUGUGAGGGCGGGGCUUGGGAUUGAUUGACAGUUGCAUGGCUGCAAUGUGGGGGCGUGGCUUUUAAGGGUGUGGGCGUGGCCAAGAUACAAAUAAUGACCAAUGAGAGGCCAGGAAGGGGGCGGGGCUAUACUGGGUGGGCGUGGCUGUGUGUGAGCGUUGUGGGCGUGGCCUCACUGACCUCGCCCCGCCCACAGGAGCAGGGGGAGGAGCCAGCGGGGCCCCUGCAGAAGACGCCAAUCAUCCUGGCCAAGCCCCCGGCCGAGCGGCAGGCGCCUCCGGCCGCCCCCAAGGCGGGGCCGGUGCAAGCCCCGCCCCCUCCCGCGCCGGCCCCGCCCAUCGUGCUGAUGAAGGCGCGGGGGGAGGAGGGGCGCGGAGGGGGCGUGGCCUCGGCGGCGGCGGGG